AUGCAAGUGUCUCAGGCCGUGACAAAUGCAACACCUUCGCUUCAGGAGCUGCACGCGUUACGCGUGAAACUCGAGGGAGCAGAGUUUGAUCAGUCGCACCUCUUUAAGGGAUGGCCCGGCGCCCCAGAGGCGUACACAGAAGAGCAGAAGCGAGUGCUGACAGAGCUGUACGCGUUCGCGCGCCAAUAUAACGGUGGCGUCGAGCAGUAUGUGUGCAACGGCCGCCGCCUUCUCGCGGAGUCUGGGAACACGAAGCAGGAUAUAGUGUCGCUUGAGAAGCCACUGUACGCCUACGCUGCACCAUCGCUCUUCGAACGCAGUGAGGAGUUGGUGAGCAUGGAACAGGAGGGCUUGGGUCUUCUCAAGAAGAGCGUCUUCGUGCUGGUGGCCGGCGGGCUUGGUGAGAGGCUGGGGUACUCCGGCAUUAAAGUUGGCCUGCCAGUGGAGUCGGCAACGCACCGCUGCUACCUGGUGUACUACUUUGCGUGGGUGAAGCACGUGGCGGGGCCCGAUGCGCCAUUUGUGAUCAUGACCUCCGAUGACACCCAUGAGCAGACACAGGCGCUCCUGCGGGAGGUACCGCACGGGAUGCAGAACGUGCACCUCGUGAAACAGGGGACGGUGUUCUGCUUCACCGACACCGCCGCACACCUUGCCGUGAAGGACGGCAAACUGCUGCGGAAGCCGCACGGCCACGGUGACGUUCACUCUCUCUUGUAUCAGGCACUCGAGGCGACGACGGGGCGACGUCUCGUGGAUAUAUGGUUGCAGAAGGGCUACACCUACAUCGUUUUCAUGCAGGACACCAACGUCACUGCAACACUGACAAUUCCAGUGAGCCUCGCGAUCAGUGAGCGGGAGCGGCUGGCGAUGAAUUUCACGUGCAUCCCCCGGCAGCCAAAGGAGGCUAUUGGACUUCUCUGUGACGUGCGCUCACGCGGCGCCAACGUGUCGCACACGGUGAACAUUGAGUACAACAUGUUUGAGGCUGUGGCGGCCUCACUGUGGGAGAACGGUGGGGACUGCGCCGCCCCCAACUCGCCAUACUCGCCUUUCCCAGGCAGCAUCAACACACUGCUGCUGAAACUUACCGACUACGUACCACUGCUGGCGGAGUCGCACGGUGCGGUUCCCGAGUUCAUAAACCCCAAGUACACAGACGAGGCCAAAACGAUGUUUAAGCCAUGUCGCAUUGAAUCGCUUAUGCAGGACGUUGCGCUGCUCUUCAAACCGGCGGUGCACCGUGUGGGGGGGACAACUUUCACACGCUUCACGUACCAGCCAGUGAAAAACGCUCUGCAGGACGGCAUCAAGAAGACAAAGGAGGGGCUGGCGGCGUACUGCGCAACGACAGGUGAGGAGAGCUUCUACGAGGCAAUGCGACUUCGCCUGCAUGCUGCCGGACUAACGCUGCCGUCACGACCCGAUGACGCGUGUGAUGUCGAGGUGAGUGGUACAAUCAAGGUGCGGCUGUUCCCAGUUAUCGUUGCGGACGUUGUCGCGAUGGGGGCGUCGCUCGCAGAGAUCUCGCAGCUUCUGCUGCCGCACCCGCAAAACGUGAAGGUGAGUGCACGGAGUGUUCUCAUCGUGGAGGGACGCGUGCGCAUCGAGAGCCUCGACCUCGAUGGCGCAUUGCGCCUCACUGGCCCGACGGACGAGCGGGCGCCACCGCUUGUUAUUCGCGGAAUGACGGUGAAGAACGCCAGCUGGACGGUACGGCCGACACGUGCGGGAGAGGACACCAAGGAGGUCGACAACAUCCGCGGAUUUGUGUUUGAGGAGCACGAGACCCAGAGAGUCCACUAUGCAAAGCUUUGA